UCUACGAUUGCUGCGUUGGCGACGGCGCGUAGCAGUCGGCCGUGUCGAGGCGCGGCGCGAAGUUGGAGAUUUGGAGCUGUGAUCACUUCGCCGCGAAGAAGAACUUGAGUCGUCGCACAAUGUCAUCGCCUCGUGUCGCUGUGGUUACAGGUGGGAACAAAGGCAUUGGGCUGAGCAUAGUGAAGUUCUUAUGCCAACAAUUUGACGGAGAUGUUUUUUUGACAGCCAGAGAUGAGAAACGUGGAAAUGAAGCUGUGGCAGAGCUGAACAAGCAGCUGCUGCGCCCAAAAUUCCAUCAACUUGACAUUGAUGACCUUGAAAGCAUCCGCAGAUUCCGUGACUUCCUCAAGAACAAUUAUGGUGGCCUUGAUGUGCUUGUGAACAAUGCUGGCAUUGCCUACAAAAAUAAUUCCACAGCACCAUUUGCUGAGCAGGCAGAAGUUACUGUGAAGACAAACUUUUUUGGCACACUCAGUGUCUGCAAGGAACUCUUUCCUUUGCUGCGCCCACAUGCCAGGGUCGUCAAUUUGAGCAGCCUGUGUGGCAUGCUGAAGAGGAUUCCUGGAGAAGAGCUCCAGAAGAGGCUUAACAACCCUAAGAUUACAGUGGAGGAACUGUGUGGUCUCAUGGAGGAGUUUGUGCAGGAUGCAAAGGACGGCAAGAAUGAUGAGAAAGGUUGGGGUCACUCAGCUUACAAUGUGUCCAAGGUUGGCAUCACUGUGCUGAGCUUCAUCCAGCAGCGUGACUUCAAUGCAGACCCCCGCGAAGACAUCAUUGUAAAUGCUGUACAUCCUGGAUACGUGGAUACUGACCUGACGAGCCACUCGGGACCCUUGACACCUGACCAAGGUGCUGAUGCUCCAGCAUACUUGGCUCUGCUGCCCCCAAACACAAAAUCACCCAAAGGAGAGUUUGUUUGGUACGACCGCACAGUGACUCCGUGGGACAAGUAGCUUGAGUUUUGCGUUUGCGCUGUCACUUGAAUACAUUUGUUAACCUCUUCAUAGCCUUUUUGAGUUCCAACUCUUGAACUCUGAAGAACUAAGUUUGGAAAACAAGCACACAGAGGUAUUUACAAGUGCAGAAAAAUCACCAUUUGUUGCUGUAAAUUUAUUUCCCCGAAAAUAAACGCACCAUAUAUGGUGCCUUAUGACAGCA